AUGGAGUCGGAAGAAGCGCCUACAGAACCUCUAUUACCCCCCAGCCGAGCGGUCAUUACGAUGUGGAUGAGAGUUGUCACUCUGGGUGUGACUGGUAGACAUAUGUGCGAGGGGGAAUUUGAAUCUUUGAAAGCUAUAUAUGAGGUUUAUCCUGGCUUUGUACCGGAACCCCACGCGUGGGGAAAAUACACACAGCCGGAUCCUGAAACGUAUUUCCUCCUUGUCGAAUUUCGAGAUGUUGGUGAGCAGCCUGCAAGUCCUGCAAAGCUCGCAUCUAGCUUGGCAAAGCUCCACAAGCAAUCGAUGUCUUCUACGGAGAAAUUUGGGUUUCAUAUAUCGACAUGCCAUGCUAAAAUUGCUCAGGCGGUGAACACCUGGGAAGACUCGUGGUGCGCUCUUUACAGUAAACAUCUUGAACAUGUCAUGAACCUCGCAAAGCCGAUUUUACAAUGGCCCGAAUUCGACGUUGUAUGCAAGCUUACGAUAGAAAAAGUCGUGCCUCGACUACUUCUACCAUUGCAGUCAGAUGGACGCAUUCUCAAACCCUGCCUGCUUCAUGGUGACUUUUGGGACGGUAAUACCGCCCUGGAUCAGCGGACAGGGAACGCAUUCGUUUUCGACGUUUGCUCAUUUUAUGGUCAUAACGAGUACGAUACUGGCAAUUGGAGGGCACCACGGCAUCGUUUAAGCAACAAAGCUUACAUUCGAGAAUACACAGCUCAGUAUCCAGUUUCACCACCUGAAGAUGACUGGGAUAUGCGCAACUUGCUUUACUCUCUGACGUUUAAUAUUGCCAAUACGAUUUACAUUCCUGGGUCGAGCCAACGCCAGGGGGUAUAUGAUGACAUGACGACCCUGUGCAAGAAAUUAUGCCCUGAGGAUUUGAACCGAGAGCUGAAGCAUGAAGGCAGUAUUGAUCCUGAUAUGGACCAGGCAACGGCAGGCAUGGGCUAUCAGGGAGAGGAUCGUGAGGAGAAACAGGAGGAGGAGAAGGAGAAAUAA